UAUGGUGAUCUUAUUUGACCGUUAAUGCAUCUGAUUUUUAAUAUUGUGUGUCUAUCUUGCAGAAAUGGAAGCUAGAACUGAAUCGAAGCAGAAACAAACUACCUAUCAUGUUGCACAUCAAAAGAGAGCUUCGCGGCCAGUUAUAUAUCAACAACCAUCAUCACCUGUGUCACCCACAAGUAAGGUUGUCAAAAAAAUGAGAUUAUGUGACUAUGAAAGCAAAAGGACAACGGUUGAUGCUCACCCGGCAAAAUUCUUUCUUAGGUAUUAUUUAAAUUAUAAAAGUAGUGGAAGACCUGAACGUAUUAUGUUCUACCAUAAUGAUGAAUGGUUUGACUAUCCUGUCGUUGACUUGGUCCAGAAUGAUUUUGACAUAAAAAAGCCAGUUGUGGAAAUAUGGUUAAAUGGCCAUGAUCUUAUGCUAGAUUUUUUACACAUGUGUCUAGUGGACUUUAAUACUGGUUUGCAACAACCUUUAGCAUGGAUAGAUGAGGUUGGGCAUUGCUUUUUCCCUGAAAUUUAUGUUGCUUCAUAUGAAGAAUCUUCUAAUUUGUGCAAACAAGAGGGUAUGGAAUUACCAAUUGAAAUCAAAAUGAUUGGGGUUGGUGAAUCCAAGUUGAGGAAUUGUAGCAGGGUAUCAAAUGCGUUAGUUAAGGGCACUCAAGUAGAAAUUGAAAAUCUGAUGAACAUCUUGGACUGUGGAAAUCGUGGUGAAUCCAUUCUGCAAAAUGAAGUAGGUUUAGUUCCUUACACUGAGUAUGUACAAGGAAAAUUAAAUUUGGAUUCUGUACAUAAGAUAUUCCUUAAUGGAAUGAGUAACGUUGGCAAUACUCAUUUUGAGAUAUUGGAAACAUACUAUUGUUUAGGUGCAUCAAUGCAAGCACGGUUGAAGCUAUUCCAGGCACAAGUUGAAAUAACAAAAAUAAUCCACAAGGAUGCAAAUGUUCGAUAUGCUUGGCUUCCUUUUAAUAAAGAAGAGUUAUCUACAAUGAUGAAGUAUGGACUUGGGCAUUGUGUGCCAUGUGUAACCAAAAGCACAUAUGGUGUUGGUGUUCAUCUUGCAGCUGUUACAUGCCCUUAUGCCAGUGCUCGUUAUUGUAAUAUUGACGAAAAUGGUGUUCGACACUUGGUCCUUUGUCGUGUAAUAAUGGGGAACAUGGAAGUUAUUCAUCCCGCCUUUGGCUCCGACACUGUUCAGUUUCAACCUACCAGCCCUAAAUAUGAUAAUGGAGUUGAUAACAUUCAUUGUCCAAGAUACUAUGUAGUGUGGAAUAUGAAUAAAAACACUCACAUCUAUCCAGAAUUUGUUGUCAGUUUCAAGGUCUUUGGGGAUGCUGAAGGAUAUUUUCGUGAAGCUGUGGGAGAGAAUAAUGAUUCUAGUGUUAAUUCUUCUCAAGCCAAUUCAACUAGUCAUGGUUCUUGUGACUUGUUUCAGCCAACCUCUUUAGUGGAUAAUAUAACAAAUAACAAUGGGGUUGCUAGCACCCUUGAAAUUCCAAAAUCACCUUGGCUUCCUUUUCCUAUGCUUAUUGCUGCUAUUAGUGACAAGGUUUCUCCUGAUGAAAUGAGUCUUAUUAUGGCACAUUAUGAACUAUUUAAGGCAAAGCAGAUUUCUCGUGAUAAUUUUGUGAAGGAGAUGAGGUUAAUAGUUGGAGAUACUAUAUUAAGAGCUAUAAUAACAAGUCUCCAAUUCAGGAUACCAUCAAAUGUUGAAUUGGAAGGUUCAAACCAAAAUGAUGGUUGAGGGUGACUUUGUAUGAGGAGGUGAAGAACUUUGCACGGAGAGUUAACUCAACUUCUUGUCAUACCGUCAAUGUGAACAAACGCGACGUUGUAUGUUGUGGGUUUGAGAGAGUAUGGUUCUGUAGAGCCACUAUCGGGUCUUGUAAUGUUAGUGAGCUUUAGCCCUUUGGAUGGAAACAAUCCACUUUGCCCAAAAACAGAAAAAAGAGUGGAUGAAUGAUUAUAUUUAAGUUAUUUUAUGUUCGAGAGUGUUUAAGUUAAUAGAACUUUACCACAUGUAUGGUUGUCCUUAGAUUAAAGUGUAGGUUGAUGAAUAAUAAAAUUUACCAGAAAAUUGAGCAUUGUAUUUCCAAA